UCUACAGACAAAUCAAAUUACUGGUCCUAUUCCUCAAGAACUAGGCUAGCUCGUAAACCUGCAAAAACUUGAUCUUAACACUAACAAACUUACUGCUGCAAUCCCUGUCUCUUUAGCCAAUCUCACUAAACUGACUCGACUUUCUCUACAGACAAAUCAAAUCACAGGUCCUAUUCCUCAAGAACUAGGCAAGCUCGUAAACCUGCAAAAACUUGAUCUUAGCACUAACAAACUUACUGCUGCAAUCCCUGUCUCUUUAGCCAAUCUCACAAAGAUCACCUCACUUUUUCUAGCAGAAAAUCAACUUUCUGGCUCAAUGAAAUAAACUCGAUUCUAAUAAUCUCAGUGGUGAGAUACCUCACGAAAUUGGCAAUUUAGCCAAUUUGUAUACCAUGAAUUUAUCACUAAAUCAGCUAUCCGGAUCCAUGCCAUCAGAGUUGGGAAAGCUGAGUAAUUUAGGUUAUCUUGACAUAUCUGGUAACAAUUUGAGUGGACCAAUACCCUACGAACUGGGAGACUGCAUCAAGCUACUGUCCUUGAGGAUUAACAAUAACAACUUCAAUGGGAAUUUGCCUGGUGCAAUAGGAAAUUUGGCAAGCCUUCAGAUCAUGUUAGAUGUUAGCAAUAACAAACUCAAUGGCGUCUUGCCACAACAACUCGGAAAGUUGGAGAUGCUGGAAGUUUUGAAUUUAUCCCACAACAUGUUCAGUGGAAGCAUUCCUCCCUCCUUUGCCAGCAUGCUGAGCCUAUCAACGCUUGAUGUGUCCUACAACAACUUGGAAGGACCAGUCCCAGAAGGACGUCAAUUUCAAAAUGCUUCAGCUAGUUGGUUUCUCCACAAUAAAGGAGGAUAUGGCAAAUUAUACAAAGCACAACUGCAAGAUGGGCAGACAGUUGCUGUGAAGAAGCUUCAUGCCACUGAAGAAGAGAUGAAUGAUGAAAGAAGAUUUUCACACGAAAUGGAAGUCUUAUUGCAAAUUCGACAGAGAAGCAUUGUCAAGUUUUUUGGAUUUUGGUCCCAUCCAGAGUACAAGUUUCUUGUAUACGACUACAUAGAGAGGGGAAACCUUCAUAUGACCAUGGAAAACGAGGAGCUAGCUAAAGAAUUGAACUGGCAAAAGAGAUCUACUAUGGUUAAAGAUGUGGCUCAAGCGAUAUCUUAUUUGCACCACGACUGCAAUCCACCAAUAAUCCAUCGAGAUAUCACAAGCAACAACAUCUUGCUCAAUAGAACUUUCAAGGCUUAUGUCUCAGAUUUUGGCACAGCAAGGAUUUUGAACCCGGAUUCAUCAAACUGGAGUGCGCUAGCAGGGACAUAUGGCUAUAUAGCUCCUGAGCUAUCAUACACAUCUAUUGUCACAGAGAAAUGUGACGUUUAUAGCUUUGGUGUGGUUGUCCUCGAGGUAGUGAUGGGGAAGCAUCCAAGAGAUCUUCUGCAUCACCUCGCAUCAUCAAGGGAGCAUUAUAUGGAACUUGAGAAAAUCCUGGAUCAGCGGCCAGAGGCACCAACCACAACAGAAGCGAAAGAUUUGGUUCUUCUAAUGAAGGUGGCAUUUUCUUGCCUCCAAGUUUCUCCACAAGCAAGGCCAACAAUGCAGGAGGGAUACCAGGCUCUUAUCCAUCAACAGUCUUCUUGUUCUUCCCAAGACAUUUCAGUAGAAUCACACUAGGUGAGCUCUAGCAUGCAUAACCGUGGUACCAAGGUGUACUUCCCUGGUGUGUUCUUGAGCACAUUGUUGUGCUAAACCAUGGUAUCGGAACUAGAGAUAAGCAUCAGUGGGUUCCAGAUGCUAUAUAUAUACUGUCAUACAAAUUAAAGGAACAACUGAAUGAUUAGGUACUGCUUAAAUAUUUCUUCAGCAUCCAUGUAUUGUCGGUCUUGAUUUUCAUCAAUAUAUAGUACGAUAAGCAAAGCAA